CAGGACGUCGCUACGGGUUGUUACCAUGGUAUGUCGUACAAACUGCGUCGCCCACGCGUCACAUACACACGCGGCCAGUUAUUUUAACACACGCGGCCAGCUUUCUUAGCACGCCUUAUCACACAGUCAGUUAGUUGUUUCCAUUUUACCCCCCUCCUGCAGGCGCCACGGCCUGGCUGAGGCUCGGCUGUACGAGAUGGCCAAGCUGCGCUGCCAGUUCGCGGAGCUGCUGGCGGAUGCGGGCAUACUGAGGGCGGGUGGGGCCACCGCUCUGUCCGCCGGGCAAGGCGCCCGCAGCCGUCACCGCCGCCACCACCGCCACCGCGGCGGCAGCGCCGGCGCGCUUCGGGGCGCGGAGCUGCAUGCGGCCAAGCGGCGACUGCGGGCCAUGCAGGCUGACAUGGAGCGGCAGCGGGGCCGCAAGGUGCUCAAGGUCGCACGGGGGGCCGCAGGAGGCGGCGGUGGGGAGGCAGCGGGAGGGGAAAAGGAGGCUGCCUCGGAGUCCGCCUCCUCGUCAUCAGGAGAGGAGGAGCUGGAGAGGCUACACGACCUGGACCUGCGAGUGCAUGUGGACGUGGGGUCCAUGGCAGCAGAGUCCAGCCAGCCCCUCAGCCCCUCCGACGUGGGCCUGCUGCGCCACCUGCUGGCCGCCUGCCUCUACCCGCGACUGGCGGUGGGGGAGCCCGACAACUGCCAGCGCAGGGAGCAGGACUGCCGCUUCCAUACCGCACAGGUUUCAGACCUUGUCGUACAUCCCGGGUCCAGCCUGUACGGCAGCUCCAACAGCCUCCCCCGGGGCCAGGUGCUGUUGUACCAGGAGCUGAUCGAGACCAGGCGGCAGUACCUGUCCUGCCUGACGCCCCUGUGGGCCCUGCCCGCGCUACUGCUGGCUGCCCGCCGCAUUGACUGCGACCCACGGGUCGGCAGGUGGCUGGUGGACGGCUGGCUGCUGCUGCGGCUGCACGACGGGAGCGGACCCCAGGUGCUGCAACAGGUCAUGCACCUGCGCGCCUCCUCCUCCCACCUAGUCGCAACACGCCUCAGAGCAGCCCGGCUCUCAGCACUUGCUGCCGUACAAACCGUCGAAGAAAACGAAGAAGAAGAUGGAGAACCACCGCGUAGCGGUGCUGACGUGGCCGAAAUCGGAUCCGCUGGGUCCGUACAACCUGGAUCCGUACCCGGUUCCGGAUCAUCUGGGUCGGAAGUCAGCGCCGCCUUCCAAAAGGGCUACUCCGCGCUGGCGGCGGCACUACCCGAGGAGCUACGGCCGCUGCUUGACGGCGUCGUACGACAACAAGCCACGUGGCGGCAGCAGGCGGCGGCGGCGCGGCAGCGGCGGCAGGAACGUGAGGAUGAUGAUGUUGAUGGGAAUGAGGAGGAAGAGGGGAAGGAUGGAGAGGGUGCAGGCGGAGCGGCGGCGGCGAUGGCGAGGGAUGCAGAGCUGGAGGAUGAGCUGGCGAGGAAGUUGUCCCUGGACAUGUGGCCUUGCAGGUACUCCCUGGAGCGGUUGCCGCCGGGUAACAAGGUAACGGCACAGUACGACAUACCUGAACUAACCGCCAACCAACCGCAAAUGCAAGCACCCCAGCCUUCGCAACAGCAGCAGGAGCAGGUGGCGCAGCAGCAGCAGCCGCAGCAGCC